AUGGGACAUACGUACCGGAGUGGCACCAGCGUCCUUGAGCUGAGUCGUCAUAUCCUCAAGAGUCACUCUGUACUCAUCUGUCGUACGAACUUCGUAGAUGUCGCGCCCGAAUUAGGAGAGAACAACACCUACUUCGUGCGCGCAGUCGUCGACGGCAAUGAAGGCAGCGAUAGCGGCUCUUACACCCUCGCUGCUGACAACGACGCCGAGCCAGUGGUCAGAAUUGCCCUAAAAUCUGGUGGCACGAUCAAGUCCGUGUGGGUCGGUGAUCUCGACGGCGAUGGCGAAUACGACUAUGUGAUUGACCGACAGACCUCGUCUCAGUCGAUCGAGGCUUACAAGAGUGAUGGGACGUUCCUCUGGGAGGUCAACUUAGGACCUAAUAGCGAAAAUCAAAACAACAUCGAACCUGGCUCUUCAACCAUCGACGUUGGACACUGGGAUGGUGUUACUGUUUAUGACCUGGACAGCGACGGUAAAGCGGAGGUUGCAGUCCGAAUCGCUAAUGGUGUUGUCUUUGGCGACGGCGAGGAGUUUACGGCAGGUGAGGACGACAACCAUCAGUUUAUCGCCAUCCUUGAUGGUGAGACUGGUGUUUUGCGAGCCACAUCCGAGGUACCUGAUGACUACAUCUCCGAUGGACCCCUUGAUGCUCGCUUUGGCGUCGGUUAUCUCGAUGGUGAGACACCGCACUUGGUGGCUUUCUUGAAGAACCGACAGGAUGGAGGAGCAUUCAACUUGAUUGAAGCGGCCUGGACUUUUGACGGCGUCAAGGCCGAAUUGGCCUGGAAGUGGCUACGCGGCGACACGGACGAAGCGGAUGGACAUAAUACCCGCAUUAUCGAUGUCGACGGUGACGGCGUGGACGAAGUCGCCGAAAUUGGCUUCCUCCUCGAAGGCAACGGGACCCUGCGAUACUCGCUAGCUGACUCGGGAAUAUAUCACGGUGACCGAUGGUAUAUUGCCAAGAUGGAUCCCGGCCGUGAUGGCCUCCAGGGUUACGGCAUUCAGCAGGACAACGAAGAUUUGCUUUACGAGUACUACUACGACGCCACUGACGGCAGCGUACUCUGGAAGCACUACGGCGACGAGGUGGGCGACGUUGGCCGUGGCAUCGCCGGUGACAUUGAUCCCAACUACGAGGGGAUGGAAGUUUGGUCCUUUCCGGGCAUCUACAAUGCACCGAGUAACAAGCGCACCGACAAUGACACCGACAGCGCGCCGUGGCCAGGUCAGACCCUCUGGUGGAAUGGUGACAUCCUCUCAGAACAGUACAAUGACGGCAAGAUCGAAGAAUGGGACUACGAAACGGGCUCCGUGGUGCGCAUUGAGUCCGCCUGGCACUACGGUGCCAGCACUUCUAACAAAUACCCUCUGCUGAUAGCCGACAUCUUUGGCGAUUGGCGCGAGGAGAUGGUUCUAACAAACAGCGAUAACGAUGAACUACUUAUCUUCACAACCAAUAUCCCAAGCGAUAUACGCCUGUACACUUUGGCGCACAAUCCUGCGUACCGUAAUGAUAUGACUGUCAAGGGGUAUAUCCAGUCACAUCAUGUGGAUUAUUUUCUCGGAGAGGGCAUGGAAGCACCUCCGAAGCCUGAAAUAUACUAUGUAGGUGCCUAG